UCUUUAAGGUCUUUCAGCAAAGAAUUCUCUCUCUAUACAUCUCUUUCACUCUCUAUAUCUAUCUAUCUAUCUCUAGUCAUGGAUGAUUUUAAUAACCUAAUGAAAUUAUCAUCACAAAACCAAGUAGAAAUGAUGCCAUGGACAAUGCAACAGAAUGGGGUUCCUCAGUUCCCCUGUCAUAAUUGUGAAGACCUAUCUGAAUCAUCAGAUUUCGAUUUCUCCGUCGAAGUAGCACCGCCUCCACCACCACCGGCACUUCCACGACCACAUUUUUCCGGGCCAAAUUACGACACUUGGAACAAAGACUUAUAUGACAACACAAAUCCGUUACAGACGAGAAGCUCAAUGGAAGCCAUGAGAGAAAUGAUCUUUCGUAUAGCAAUGAUGCAGCCAAUUCACAUUGAUCCAGUUUCAGUGAAGCCACCCAAGAGGAAGAACGUGAAAAUCUCCAAAGAUCCGCAGAGUGUGGCGGCGCGCCACCGCAGGGAAAGAAUAAGCGAGAGAAUUAGAAUUCUGCAGAGACUUGUGCCUGGAGGAACAAAAAUGGACACAGCUUCUAUGUUGGACGAGGCUGUUCAUUACCUUAAAUUUCUCAAAAAACGGGUGCAAGCAUUGGAACAAGCAGCAAGUAAUAGGCCAAUGGGGGCUGGGAAUUAUUCAAGCUUAAUUAAAACGUGGCAGCCAGUUCAAAUGGGGGGAUCUGUGCCAAUGCUUAGUUAAAAUGCUAGAACAUAAGUCAAAAGUCGUUUAUUUCUGCAUUUUUUGACAAGAAAAGCUGAAAAGAAGCCAUUCCUAGCGUUUGAGAUCAGCCAACAUGCUCUUUUAAUCUUGAAGGAUUCUUCAGAAUUUCUAUGUUAGCAUUUUCCUUUGAUGAUUAAUUAGGGGAUUUGUAAAGCUUUUUCUUGAAUACUUUUUUAUGCUUAUUUUCUUGGGAUCCAUA